UGUAGGAAGCUGAGCAGCCAAUUGCUGCAUUGCAUGAAAAUCUAAAAGAGAGAGAGAGAACCGCUGCGAUGAUCUAGAUUACGAUCAGUCUCCUUAGCAAUUCAAUCCGACUAUGGUUUUUUCUUCUUCUAGGGUUCCAAAUUUCUACUCUUCUUCUUCUUCUUCUUCUUCUUCACUUCACUCCACACCAUGACUCCCUUCUCCAACAGCUACCAGCGGUCCCGCCACCGCCAAUUCCGCCCUCCUCCGCUUUCCAACCACCGUCCUUACUAUGACAACCAACGCCCAUCCCAAAAACGUUUAUUUGUUGUCAAACUCCUUUCCAACCACCACCGUGGUGACUGUACUCCUUCAAUUGACUCUAUUAUUUCAGAAUGCUACCCCAUGCCUUGCAGAUUUUACAUCAGAACCUCUGGAACACUCGCCGCCAGCCUCCUUUUUGAGCAGCAGGUUGACGCUCUCGACGCCGUCGUUUCCCUUUGGGAGCGCCGGCUUGCAGGGGACCAUUUGUUUACUCCGGUGGUUGAUUUUAGUUUCGACGAUGAUUUUAAUGAGAGAGUGAGAAGUUUGUUCCAAUUGUAUGUAGAGAAGCUUCUGCAAGGGGAGUCUGUCGAGAAAUUGGAGAGGAAGGUAAAUGAUUUGUCUGUUGAGAAUGAGAAAGUUGCGAGCUUUCUUAGGAAGGCUAGGGGUCUUCAAGCUUUUAGUGAGGCUGAGGCAAGGAAUAAGCAGUUGGUGGAGGAGAUGAAUCGAAUUAUGAUUAGGAUUGAGGAGUUUAAGUGUGCAGUCAGGUGUGUAACGGAUUAUCUGGACGGGAAGGAGGUUGAGGAGUUGGCAGUUUUGGGGUUUAAAGAAGGGAAUAGUUUUAAUUGGAGUAAAAUACAUAGUUUGCUAUUGAGAGAGUCUAGGCGUCUUGAAGAUGGGUUGCCCAUAUAUGGUAAUAGGAGUGGGAUUUUGCAGCAAAUAAAAUUGCAGCAGGUGAUAGUCUUGAUUGGAGAGACAGGUUCAGGAAAGAGUACGCAGUUGGUACAGUUUCUUGCUGAUUCUGGUGUUGCUUCCAGUGGUUCAAUUUUGUGUACUCAGCCCCGCAAAAUUGCUGCAAUUUACCUGGCAAAAAGGGUUGGUGAAGAAAGCAUUGGAUGUUAUGAGGAUAAUUCAAUUGUCUGCUAUCCAACAUAUUCAUCUGCACAGUUUCUUAAUUCAAAGGUAAUAUAUAUGACUGAUCACUGUCUAAUGCAGCACCUUAUGAAAGAUAAGACUUUGUCUGGAGUUUCAUGCAUUAUCGUAGAUGAGGCCCAUGAAAGAAGCUUGAAUACUGAUCUUCUUUUGGCCUUGAUUAAAGAAUUGCUUAUUGAGAGGCAUGACCUAAGGCUUAUUAUAAUGUCUGCAACAGUUGAUGCCAGCAAAUUGUCAGAAUACUUCUUUGGCUGUGGAACCUUUCAUGUGUUUGGGAGAAGCUUUCCUGUUCAAAUCAAUUAUGUUCCUGGUCCCUCCAUAGGUUCUUCUGGUCCGUUACCCAUUUCUAUUGCUCCAUAUGUUUCUGAUGUUGUUAAGAUGGCAAUGGAGAUCCAUCAAGAAGAGAAAGAGGGGGCGAUUCUUGCGUUUUUGACUUCUCAGCUGGAGGUAGAAUGGGCCUGUGAAAAGUUUCAGUCUCCCUCUGCAAUCUCAUUGGCAUUACAUGGAAAGCUUUCCCAUGAAGAGCAAAGUCACGUUUUCCAGAAUUAUCCAGGGAAGAGAAAAGUUAUUUUUGCUACCAAUUUGGCAGAAACAUCCUUGACUAUUCCUGGGGUCAGGUAUGUUGUUGAUUCUGGAAUGGUUAAGGAAAGCAAAUUUGAACCUACCUCUGGCAUGAAUGUCCUCAGAGUUUCCAAGAUUAGCCAGAGUUCUGCUAAACAACGAACUGGUCGUGCUGGUCGAACAGGACCUGGCAAAUGUUACCGGCUUUACUCAGAACUUGAUUACCAGUUGAUGGAUUUGCAUCAAGAACCUGAAAUUCAUAAAGUUCACCUUGGUAUUGCAGUUUUGAGGAUCCUUGCAUUGGGCAUUAAGAAUGUGUUGGAAUUUGAUUUUAUUGAUGCUCCUAGUGGAAAGGCAGUUAACAUGGCCAUCAGGAACCUUGUGCAGUUAGGCGCUGUUGUCCACAGAGAUGAUACUUUUGAAUUAACUUUGGACGGGCAUUACUUGGUUAAGUUGGGUAUGGAGCCCCGACUUGGGAAGAUUAUUCUUGAAAGCUGCCGUUAUGGUUUGCGUAUGGAAGGAGUUGCUCUUGCCGCUGUUAUGGCAAAUGCAAGUAGCAUAUUUUGCAGAGUUGGUACCAGUGAUGACAAACAAAAAUCAGAUUGCCUUAAGGUACAAUUCUGCCAUCGUGAUGGAGAUCUCUUCACAUUGCUUACUGUGUACAGGGAGUGGGAAAGUGUAUCUCCAGAUAAUAGAAAUAAGUGGUGUUGGAACAAUAGUAUCAAUGCCAAAACUAUGAGAAGAUGCAAAGACACAGUGCUGGAGUUGGAGAACUGUUUAAAGCAUGAACUUAGCAUCAUUAUCCCAACUUACUGGCGUUGGAGUCCUUAUGUUGUUACAGCCCAUGAUAAAAGUAUGAAGAAGAUUUUACUUUCUUCACUAGCAGAUAAUGUCGCCAUGUACUCUGGAUAUGAUCGUCUUGGUUAUGAGGUUGUUUCUAGUGGGGAAUACAUUCAACUGCAUCCUUCAUGUUCACUGCAAGUUUAUGGUCAAAAGCCGAACUGGGUUGUCUUUGGUGAACUCUUAUCUAUAUCAAGUCAAUAUCUGGUCUGUGUUACUGCUGUUGACUUUGAUUGUUUGUCUGCCUUUAGUCCUCCUUUAUUUGACCUCUCAAAGAUGCAGAGUAAAAAAUUGCAUUUGAGGGUGAUCAGCGGAUUUGGCAGUACUGUUUUAAGAAGGUUCUGUGGAAAGUCAAAUACUAGCUUGCUUUCUCUUGUGUCUCAUGUACAGAAAAAUUGCAUGGAUGAGCGGAUAGGUAUUGAAGUCAAUGUGGAUAAUAAUGAGAUUCUAUUAUAUGCCUCUAUACAAGACAUACAAAAGGUGUAUGGCCUUGUUAUUGAUGCAUUAGAAUAUGAAGUAAAAUUGUUAAGUAAUGAAUGCCUGGAGAAGUGCUUGUAUCAUAGGGGACGGGCUGGUGCUUCUCCCCCAGUAGCACUUUUUGGAGCUGGUGCGGAAAUUAAGCAUAUGGAAUUGGAAAAUAGAAAUUUGAGUGUGGAUGUAUUCCUCUCAAAUGCAAAUCGUGCAGAUGAUAAGGAGGUCUUGGCAUUCUUUGAAAAAUCAGUGUCUGGGGUGUGCAGUUUUCACAGAUUUGCAGGAAGUGGACAGAAUGGUGACCAUAUGGAGAAGUGGGGCAGUGUGACAUUUCUUGCUCCUGAAGCCGCUAUGAAAGCACUAGAGUUCAAUGGGUUUGAUUUAUCUGGUUCUUCACUUAAGUUGUCCCCUGCUAGAUCAUCUGUUGGAGGUAGUAAUAAAUUAUCAUCAUUUGCUGCUUUAAAAGCUAAAGUCACUUGGCCGCGAAGGUACAGCAAAGGGUAUGCGGUUGUCAGAUGUGAAAGGAAUGAUGCUAUGUUUGUUGUUGAAGAUUGCUUUAAUCUGCUGAUUGGGGGCAGGCUAGUUCAUUGCGAGCCUAGCACAAAGGACAUAAACUGUGUUAUUAUCAGAGGACUGGAUAGAGAUACUACUGAAUUAGAAAUUCUUGAAAUUCUGCAAAUUGCCACAAGUAGGAGAAUUUUGGAUGUAUUUCUGAUACGAGGAGAUGCUGUAAAUAAUCCUCCUCUUGGUGCUUGUGAGGAAGCAAUUCUCAAGGAAAUUGCUCCAUUCAUGCCUAACCAGGGUCCCUUGAGCAAUUACUGUCAUGUUCAGGUCUUUUCCCCUGAGCCAAAGGAUACUUUCAUGAAGGCUUGGAUCACCUUUGAUGGAAGUCUACACCUGGAGGCUGCAAAAGCUCUGCAACAUAUCCAAGGGAAGGUACUUGCUGGUUGUUUUUUAUGGCAGAAAAUGCAGUGCCAGCAGGUUUUCCACAGUUCUGUAUCAUGCCCUGCUCCUGUUUUUCCAUUCAUUGAGAGGCAGCUAAACUCUAUACUCAAAGGGUUUAUGCAUCGACCUGGUGUGCAUUGCCGUUUAGAAAGGAAUGAAAAUGGCUCCUAUAGAGUGAAGAUAUCUGCUAAUGCAACAAAGAUAGUGGCAGAGUUGAGGAGGCCACUGGAGCAGCUAAUGAAUGGAAAGAUGGUAAAUCAUGGCAGCCUCACCCAAGCAGUUCUGCAGCAUCUUUUCUCCAGUGAUGGCAGAUUACUUAUGAAUUCACUGCAAAAGGAAACUGGAACUUACAUUCUCUUCGAUAGGCAGAACCUCAAUGUUAGGAUCUUUGGUCCAGAGAACAAAAUUGCUCUUGCUGAACACAAGCUCAUAAAAUCCCUUUUAGCUCUCCACGAUAACAAGCAAAUAAAUAUCCCUCUUCAAGGUGGGUUUAUGCCUCACGAUCUUAUGAAAAAAGUAGUUGAGAAAUUUGGACCUGACUUGCAUGGGCUAAAAGAGAAGUUCCCUGAGGCUACAUUUAUGCUUAACACAAGGCGUCAUGUCAUUUCUUUUAGUGGUAAGAGGGAUCUCAGGCCAAGGGUGGAGGAUAUAAUUCAUGAUUUUGCACGAUCCCUUUGUGUCAGUGGAGCUGCUGACCAACCUGAAUUUGAAGCUACUACCUGUCCUAUUUGCUUGUGUGAAGUUGAGGACUGUUACCAGCUUGAAGCAUGCGGACACAAGUUCUGCAGGUCUUGCUUGGUUGAGCAGUUGGAGUCAGCAAUGAGAAGACAUGAUGGUUUCCCUGUACGCUGUGCCCGUGAAGGUUGUGGGAUGCACAUUUGGCUCAUUGAUUUGAAGUCUCUUCUGCCAUGUGAAAUGUUAGAGGACCUUUUCAGGGCCUCUUUGGGGGCAUUUGUUGCAUCUAGUGGUGGCCUUUACAGGUUUUGCCCCUCACCUGACUGUCCUUCUGUUUACCGUGUAUCGGACACGGGGAUGGUUGGCGGUCUAUUUGUAUGUGGAGCAUGCUAUGCAGAGACAUGUACUAGGUGUCACUUAGAGUAUCACCCAUAUGUGUCGUGUGAAAGAUACAAAGAGUUCAAGGAGGAUCCUGAUUUGUCCUUGAAGGACUGGUGCAAGGGAAAAGAGCAUGUUAAGAGCUGUCCAGCAUGCGGGUACAUAAUUGAGAAGGUGGACGGGUGCAACCACAUUGAGUGCAGAUGUGGCAAGCAUAUCUGCUGGGUCUGCUCAGAAUCCUUUAGCAGCAGUGAUGAGUGCUAUGGGCACUUGAGGCUUAUACAUCUCACUAUCAUAUGAAGACCAAGCCAACUAUACAAUGGUAACCUGCCUGCUUGUACAUAUUUAUGUAUAUAGCUACCUAUUCUUAGCGUAUGUGAUCUAGGAGCAUCUGUAUAUUGGUUUUCACUCUGUACUGUUAUUCGGCUCAAGCUGCCGUCUUGGUCAACAAUGACCACUUGAGUUCAACAGACGGUUGUUUGCUCCAGUUAAGAGUUCUUCAUUUUUAUUAUUUUAGAAUCAAA